AUGGGCUCCGGUCGCAGCCCCCUCCCGCUCCUCUUGGGGGUCGCCUUCGCCCUCUGGAGCCCCCUGCUCUCCCGGCGGGGCAGCUCCAAGCCGGACUGCAGCUCCUUCCCCACCUAUUUUGAGCGGUGUAGGCUCCCUAAAGAGCAUUUCUUCUACAACCAGACCGCCAAGCGCUGCCAACUUUUCCUGGACUUUGGCUGCCCCGGGAGCUUGAACACCUACGACACCCUCAGGAAAUGCCAGCAAUCCUGCUCAGAGAUUGACAUCUGCACGCUGCCUCCUGAUCGCGGGCCUUGCAACGAGAAACUGCACCGCUGGUUUUACGAGCCGAAGACCGGCAAGUGCACGAAAUUCAUUUUCGGGGGCUGUGAGGGGAAUGCCAACAACUUCAAC